AUGGAUAAAAAACCCAAAAAAAAAUUAAAAAAUGAGGAGGAAUUAACUCCAAAAAAAAGGAAGAAAAGAAGUAGGAACGAAAAUGACAUUCAGGAAUUUAGCGCUAAUGAGAUGAAUAAAACGAUUAACCAUUCUAAUAUAGAGGAGUUGAACAAUAAUUUAAGGGACAAGGAUCAUGUGAAUGGUACUUUGAACAGUAAGAAUGAGGAAAUUAGUAGAAGUAGGGGUAGCAGUAGAGGUAGUAGUAGUCGCAGCAAUAGUAGUAGCAGCAGACGUAGCGGCAUAAAAGAGGAUGUACAAGGUAUAAGUGGAGGUAAAGGUCGAGGAAGAAUUUGCCCUUAUUUACGAACCAUUAAUAGAAACCUACUUGACUUUGAUUUUGAAAAAUUAUGCAGUAUAAGUCUGUCAAAUUUACAUGUAUAUGCUUGCUUAGUAUGUGGCUUAUACUUCCAAGGUAUAGGGAAGGGAACGUACGCAUAUACACAUGCAUUAGAAAAGAAUCAUUAUGUUUUUAUUAAUUUAGAAACGUGUAAAACUUGUUGCUUACCAGAAAAUUACGAAAUUGAAGACGCAUCUUUGAAUGAUAUAAAAUAUUUUUUAAAACCAGUUUAUAAAAGAGAGGAAGUUGAAUAUUUGUGUUAUAAUUCUAUAUUAGGUAAGUCGUUAGAUGGGGCAGAUUUUUUUCCGGGUUGUGUUGGUUUAAAUAAUUUAAAAAAUACAGAUUAUUGCAAUGUUGUUAUUCAAUUACUUUGCACAAUUAUACCUAUACGAAAUGUAUUAUUAUUAUAUAAAAAUAAACAAAAUAUAGCAAAGAAUUUAAUUGUUGUCUUAUCUGAAUUAAUUAAAAAAAUAUAUAAUCCUAAAAAUUUCAAAGGUGUGGUAUCACCCCAUGAAUUCUUACAAGCUGUAGGUAUAGAAUCAAAAAAGAAUUUUAAAAUAGGUACCAAAAAUGACCCUCUGCAUUUUUUUCUCUGGAUUGUUAAUAAGAUUCAUAGAUACUCAGAAAGGACUUUGAAAAGGAGGAAAAAGGAACUUACUCCUAGUAGUGGUGCACAUUAUAUACACAGCAUAUAUAACGUGCACAGUAUGUAUGACGCACGUGAUACACAUAAUAAACGUAACAUACGUGGCCCACAUACUGAUGAUCCUGAAUUCAUGGACUAUGCUGCAAAUAGUAGGGACACGAAAGAAAGCACAAGUUAUAAUUAUAACAAGCAAAAUGUGAAUCAGAACAGUCAAGGUGAAGAUCGAGUGAAUAUCCCACAAGAAGACGAUGGAAAUAAUUUAGAAGUAGAGAAAAAUGAAAUAGGGGAGGGAAAAAUGGAAAAAGGAUUAACACUCAAGGACAAAAAAAAAAAGAUAAAAAAAAGAAAAAAAGAAAAAAAAUGGACAUAUGACGACAUUAACAUAAUAGAUUACUGCUUUGAUGGAGAAUUGAUUAUCAAAACAAAGAAAAAAAAAAAAAAAGACUCUGAAGUCGUUGAAUCAGUGAAGGAUGAAAUAUUAAAAAGAAAAAAAGAGGAGAUGUACGAAGAGGAUACGCAGGGGGAUAAAUACAUAUCAGAUACUAUGGAUGAUGAUGAAUUAAAUGAAAAAAAAAAUUAUAUAAUUCAAAAAACGUCUUUUCGUACUCUUUCUUUGAAAUUACCGAAUCCACCAAUUUUUAAGAGCACAACUGAAAGUAAUAUAAUACCACAAGUUUCUAUAUUUGAAUUGUUAACGAAGUUUGAUGGAGAAACAGAGACGUAUUUACAUGAUGACAAAUCAGCUCCAAGCACAUUAAUUAUUUCAAAAUUACCAAAAUAUUUAAUAUUUACAAUUGAGAGAUUUUCAAAAAAUAAUUUUUUUGUUGAAAAAAAUGGCACAAUAGUAAAUUUUGUAAUUAAAAAUCUAGAUAUGAAGGAUUAUGUACAUCAAGAUUAUCUUAAUGCAAACCCUGUUACCAAAUACAAUUUAAUUGCAAAUAUAUUUCACAGUGGUACUGUUAAUACAGGAUCAUAUAAAAUUCAUGUCUUAAACCAACCAACAAAUGAAUGGUACGAAAUUGAAGAUUUACAUGUCAUUUCGAUACUACCUCAACUCGUUUUAUUACCUGAAUCUUGUGUGCAACUCUAUCAACGACAAGAUGUGCAAUUAAAUGGAGAGCUAGGCUAA